GCUACAAGAUUUACCACCAAAAUGGAGCUUACAAACCAAACAACUGUCUCAGAAUUCUUUCUUAUGGGACUGACUGAUGAUCCAAAACUUCAGCCCCUCAUCUUCAGCCUGUUCCUGUCCAUGUACCUGGUCACAGUGUUCGGGAACCUGCUAAUCACCCUAACCGUCAUCUCUGACUCCCACCUUCACACCCCCAUGUACUUCUUCCUCUCCAACCUGUCCUUCACUGACAUCUGUAUAAGCACCACCACAAUCCCAAAGAUGCUGGUGAACAUCCAAACACAGGAUCAGAGCAUCACUUACACAGGCUGCCUCCUCCAGGUUAGCUUUGUGUUGAUUUUUGGUGGCUUGGAAAAUUGUCUCCUUGCAGUCAUGGCCUACGACCGCUACGUGGCCAUUUGCCACCCGCUGAGGUACACAGUCAUCAUGAAUCCCCAGUAUUGUAUCCUGCUGAUUCUACUCUCCCUGCUCAUUACUACUGUGAAUGCCCUGCCUCACAGUCUGAUGGUGCUGCAGUUGUCCUUCUGCACAGACCUGGAAAUCCCACACUUCUUCUGUGAACUUGCUCAGAUGAUCAAACUGUCUUGUUCUGAUAUCCUCAUCAAUUCUCUGCUGAUGCAUUUAGGGACUACCAUAUUUGCUGGCGUUCCUUUGUGCGGGAUUAUUUUUUCUUACACUCAAAUUGUCUCUUCUAUUAUGAGGAUCCAAUCAGUGAGUGGGAGAUAUAAAGCUUUUUCCACCUGUGGGUCUCACUUCUUAGUUGUAUCUUUAUUCUAUGGGACAGGUUUGGGUGUGUACUUGAGUUCUGCUGUUAGUGACUCUUCCAUUAAGAAUGCAGUGGCUUCAAUGAUGUACAUUGUGAUCCCUCAAAUGCUGAACCCCUUUAUCUACAGUUUGAGAAAUAAGGAAAUGAGAGAAUCCUUGACAUAUCUCAUCACUGGUAAACCCUUUUUACUCUGA